UUCCCGGCUCAGUCCCGGUGGGGCUUGGGAUCGGGAUUGUUUUGCGCGUGCGCGCGCUGCCUUUAGCGCUCGGGGCCGGGUCUGGGAUGAUGGAGGAAGCGGAGGCUACGAAGCAGUGAGCUGAGCCCGUGGAAAGAACCUGCAUGGAUUCGUUCUCCUGCGUCUCGGGGCGCCGGCGGCGGCGGCGGUGGCAGCGGCUGCUGGGGCUUCUGCUGCUGGCGUGUCUGGGGCCAGCACUGGGAGCGGCGCAGGCAGGUUUUCAGCAGACCUCGCAUCUGUCUUCCUAUGAAAUUAUAACACCCUGGAGAUUAGUUAGAGAAAGGAGAGAGGCCCCUAGGCCCUAUUCAGCACAGGACCAGGUGUCUUAUGUCAUUCAGGCUGAAGGAAGGAAACAUGUUGUUCACCUGGAAAGAAAUAAGGGACUGUUGCCCGAAGAUUUUGUAGUUUAUACUUACAGUGAGGAGGGGUCUCUGCUCUUGGACCAUCCUGAUAUGGAGGAUCAUUGCCAUUAUCGGGGCUAUGUGGAAGGUGUCCCAAAUUCAUCUGUUGCACUUAGCAUUUGUUUUGGGCUCAGGGGAUUGCUACAUUUGGAGAGUACCAGCUAUGGGAUUGAACCUCUAAAAUCUAGUUCUCAUUUUGAGCACCUCAUUUAUCGACUGGACAAUGUUCAGCAAGAACCUCUGGCUUGUGGAGUAACUACUAAAAACUUGAAGAAAGAAACCACAGAAAAUGAAGAGAAAAAGGAAUUACAGAAACAAUCUUUUAGUAUGACCCAGCUGUUGAGGAGAAAAAGAGCCGUCCUUCCCCACACCAGAUAUGUGGAGCUGUUCAUAGUUGUAGACAAAGAAAAGUAUGACAUGAUGGGGAGUAAUCAGACUGCUGUGAGGGAAGAGAUGGUUCAUUUAGCAAACUACUUGGAUAGUAUGUACAUCAUGUUAAAUAUUCACGUCGUACUAGUUGGGCUAGAGAUUUGGACAAACUCAAACCAAAUCAGUACGGCUGGAAGUGCUGGUGAUGUGUUGGGGAACUUUGUACAAUGGCGAGAGAAGUCACUGAUUCCGCGUCGGAGACACGACAGUGCGCAAUUAGUUUUGAAGAAGGGCUUUGGAGGGACUGCAGGAAUGGCAUUUGUGGGAACAGUGUGUUCAAGAAGCCAUGCAGGAGGCAUUAAUGUGUUUGGACAAAUCAGCGUGGAGACCUUUGCAUCCAUUGUUGCUCAUGAGUUGGGACAUAACUUGGGAAUGAACCAUGAUGAUGGGAGAAACUGCAGUUGUGGAGCAAAGAGCUGCAUCAUGAAUUCAGGAGCAUCAGGUUCCAGAAACUUUAGUAGUUGCAGUGCAGAUGACUUUGAGAAUUUAACAUUAAAUAAAGGAGGAACCUGUCUACUUAAUAUUCCAAAACCUGAUGAAGCCUACAGUACCCCUUACUGUGGUAAUAAAAUAAUAGAUUUUGGGGAAGAAUGUGACUGUGGGUCUCCAAAGGAAUGUGAAUUGGACCCUUGCUGUGAGUCAAGUACUUGUAAACUUAAAUCAGGUGCUGAAUGUGCAUAUGGUGACUGUUGUAAAAACUGUCGGUUCCUUCCAGGAGGUACUCUAUGCCGACAAAGUACCAAUGAGUGUGAUCUCCCAGAGUAUUGCAAUGGCUCAUCUCAGUUCUGUCAGCUAGAUGUUUGUAUUCAAAAUGGACACCCAUGCCACAACAAUAAAGCUUAUUGUUACAAUGGCAUGUGUCAAUUUUAUGAUGCUCAGUGUCAAGUCAUCUUUGACUCAAAAGCAAAAGCUGCUCCAAAGGAUUGUUUUAUUGAAGUAAACUCUAAAGGAGACAGAUUUGGCAACUGUGGUUACCAUGGCAAUGGAUACAGAAAAUGUUCCGCUGGGAAUGCUUUGUGUGGAAAGCUUCAGUGUGAAAACGUGCUAGGUAUGCUGCCUGUAUUUGGGUUUGUCCCAGCCGUCAUUCAUACUUCAGUUAGGGGCACUACAUGUUCAGGUGUGGAUUUCCAGUUAGGAUCAGAUGUGCCUGAUCCUGGAAUGGUGAAUGAAGGCACAAAAUGUGAUGAUGGAAAGAUCUGUAGAAAUUUCCAAUGUGUAAGUGCCUCUGUUCUGAACUAUGACUGUGAUAUUGAGAAAAAAUGCAGUGGACGAGGGGUGUGUAAUAGCAACAAGAACUGUCAUUGUAACAUGGGCUGGGCUCCCCCAAAUUGUGAGAAUACAGGGUACGGAGGAAGUGUGGACAGUGGACCUACUUACAAUGAUAAAGACACUUCACUUCGGGAUGGGCUUUUAGUGUUUUUCUUCCUAAUUAUUCCCCUUCUUGUAUUUGCUGCCUUUGUCUUCCUUAAGAGGGAUCAGCUUCGAAGAAGAUUCUUCAGAAAGAAAAGAUCCCAAACUUAUGAAUCAGAUGGAAGAAAUCAAACAAAUGUUACUAGACAACCAUUGAAUGCCUCUCGAAAUGCCCCUCCGGUAAAUAGCCCCAGAGGCUGUUUAUGCAAACAGGUUUCCAGUACCAACUUAUGCAGCCAAGCAGCCUCAGCAAUACCCAUCAAGGCCACCUCCACCACAACCAAAAGUAUCAUCUCAGGGAAACUUUAUUCCUACUCGUCCUGCACCUGCAGCUCCUGUAAAGAGAUUCCUCUAGUUUUUCCUCCUUUGUAUAGAAGACAUCUUCAGAAAACUGAGUUGUUCAUAUUAAUUUUUUUGGCAUUCUGGGAAGAAUUUCUUCUUGCAGCAAGCAUAAAAGAAAACAAGCUACCAAACAUGGAAAUGCUUAAGAAACAAACCACUAAAAACUAAGUGAAGAAAGGAAGCCCAGCCAGCAUUCAGUAAUGUAAGAAAAUGCAAUAAGCCAAGGUUUCCAGAGUAAAUAGUUUCCUUUUUUUUUUUCAUGACCAGGCCUAACUGGGUCUUCUGAGAAGUGUGGAAAUUAUAAAAUUAAGUAGGUUUAGCUAAUUAUGGACAAAUCAUUAGUGUUUCUAAUCUUCAAAUUAGCUGGAAAUUGUUUUUAAGUUUUCCCAUUCCACUCUGAAAUGUGAUUCUGCAGUCUUCACCUUGGUUACCAUCAUCUAGAUUCUUGUACAACAUAAACUGAAAAUGCCAUUUUUUAAAGCAAAUAGAAAUCAGAAAAUCUUGUUACCUAAAAAAUCAAAUCUUUCUUAUCUUGCAUGAACUGAUAAUUAUCAUUAUUGUGUUAAGGACAUGAGAUUAAGUUAACAUGUCAAAUUAUUUUCAAUGAAAUGUAAAAGUACAUGCUCUAAAUGUGUAUAUAUAGAUACACUUGUAAUAAUUCCAUGUUGAUAGUCUUUUGAACUAUAGACAAUGGAUAUUAUUAGAAAACUUCAUUUAAAUGUGUUUCUAAUGUUAAUCAUGGUAAUCCUUACUAGACUGGAAACCUUUUUCAUUAGCAUUAAUAUUGCAGAUGGGUUAUAAAAGGUACGAAGAGAAGCAGUCUUUAAUAGACUUUGUCUGGGGACUAUUUUUGGAUCAGAAGAGAAAGCAGAAAUCACUGCAAUAUCUUGAGUGGAGUAAUCUGUUAUGAAAACACUUGAGAAUUUCAUGUGCACUUUAAAAUUGUUAAAUCUAAAAUAAACUUUCAACUAACAACUGAA